UCCUUAGAUAGGCCCGACAGUUCUCCGACUCAUCAAAAGUUUCGGCUGCAAAGAUCAUCCUCGCUGUAGGAUCUGUUAUAUUAUUUAUAUAUAGUCUGUUUUGUAGUAGGAGUGUUUUUGUCUCCCCAGAAUGUCUUCAUCAGCUGAUGUCUCCCCAUCUGUAACUCCUUCAUCAACACCCCUAGGCAGUACACACGCACCAAAAUAUGGCACCGUCAUCCCCAAUCGCAUUUUUGUAGGUGGAAUAGCAGCUAAUACAUCAGAACAAGAAUUGAAGCAGUUUUUUGCUGCUUAUGGAGCUGUCAAAGACUCAAAGAUAAUUGCAGAUCGGGCUGGGGUCUCUAAAGGGUAUGGAUUCAUCACAUUUGAGAAUCAGGAGGAUGCUGACAGAAUUAUUAAAAAAGAUUCGGACAAUUUGGUAUUCAAGGACAGGAAGUUGAAUAUUGGUCCAGCUGUGCGCAAACAGGUAACCCAGUCUGAUCAGGUGUUGCCGAGAGCAUAUGGCGUUGAUUCGCUGACAACGGAUACAUUAGAUGCCUCUAUUCCCGCAGGAACAGUUCUGUUAGCCAAUGGAGUGCCUUAUACAUAUCAGAAUGGGAUGGCUAUUUUCCAUGCCCCAGAGGGAGGUUAUCCUGUAGCCCAGCCACAAAUCAGUUCUGCAUCCCUAUCAGCAAUGAUGGUCCCUCAGACUCCAACAAUGUACCUAGCUCCUCAGUACACAUAUCCACCAACCACCCCACAGUGGACCUCACCCACUGGACAAUGGAGAUGGAGCACUCCACAGAGCCCCCAACAGGCAGUAACUGGAUCACCGGGUUAUAUUUAUGCUACAGCCAUGCAUGGCUCACCAGAAUUGAUGUACGCCCAAGCCCCACCUCAUGCCUAUCCCACUGAACAUGCUGACCCCACCCUGAUGUCUGACGGCCAGCAAGCAGUGGAGGCAAGUUUGCUACCAAAGCCAAUAGAGCCAUCCAUAUUGACAGCCCACCCUUACCUCACGGAAAAUGUAGCCAUGACAGAAUCCACAGAAAUACUGCCUCCAAAUACCUCUCAGAUCAGCAUGGGGGCCCAAGCAGGGCUCCAACCUAUGGCACUACCCUACAGUUCUGUCGGAAGCCUUGGUAGUGAUCCAACUAAACCCUCAACAGUGUUUACUCGUCCUCUAUGCAUUAAUAGCCCCUCUUCCCAAUACAUAGGGGGAGCAUAUCCUGCUAGUUUAGUUCCCUACCAACCCUCUGUGUCAGCUGCUUCUCAAGGACCAAUAACAUAUUCUUCUGUAUCUGCCUCUGUAGCCCCAUACCACAAGAAAGGCAAUUCCAACUCUAUCCUUCGUCGUCCUUAUACAAGUCCUGCCAUCAUAGUAAAACAUGGCCACAAAAUGCAAAGGGUGAUGAUGCCCAGUAAGGCUGUUACAGCUAAUGGGCAGCUGACCUACUUGCAUAGCGAUUGUGGUGCUGGGGGUGACAUGUCUAGUGAGACAAAAAAUACUAUACUUACCCCUCCCCCAACUCCAGAUGUUUAACUAACUACCAAAGUUUUAUCAUUUUGUGGUUUUGUUGCCAAGUUUCUUCUGUUUCUGUUGUUGUUUUCACAGUUUUAUUUUUAAACUUCAGAGAUACUUGAUUAUUAAAACAAUCUGCCUUUUUUGGUCCAUAGUAUCUUCAGGAGUUCAAAAGUUUUACGCAGGUGGGAUAACCUUGUAUGUGUUAACAUGUUUAAAAAGCACUGCUGAUUCUAGUACUUUUAAGACAUGUUUGAGAUUUUACAUUUCACAACAAACAUAACUUGCAUCUAAAUAUUCUUUGAUUAAAAAGAUGUGGGAUUUUAAACAGCAUUUGAAAAGCUGUAUACCAGAAAUGAAUUUGUUUAACUAUUUUAUGCAGGCUCUUAUGACUGAUACCCUGAACUCUAUCAAGUGCUGUAAAUAUGCACAAUUUUUUGUUCAUCAAUUCUGGAAGAACCAGGUUUAAAGUGUGUUUUGUCAGCAAGGUUUGCAAAUAUGUCCUAAUGUCUUUAAUAUGUGUGUCAUCCCUAAUCGAUUUUUUUGUCACAUUAAAUCAUACUGCAUGUAAUGAUUAUGACUGUUAAACAUUAAUGUCAUGGUAAGCAAUGAAAAACUUUGCACUAGGCUUAAAGGUCUGUUGUAGAGAUAUAAAGAUUAGAGAAACAAAGUACAUAUAUAAAUUAUGUAGUCAUUAGGAAACAAAAUUACAUUUGGAAUCAAAAAGCUAAUUUAACGAGCAUGAUAUAAUAAGCCUUUAUAGUUCUUAGAUUAGUUGCAUGUUAAAAAUUAAAAAAAUGUUUUCUUCCAUAAUUAAAAUUUUUGCAUGUUCAUGUCAUGUUUCAAAGUCAAGGUUAUUAGUCAUCUUUUUCUUGAAGUGAAAUAUGAUUAGGGUUACAUAUUAACUAUUUACCUUAAUUUUUCAAAAUGCAACUAGACAAAUUUGAGUAGGCAAUUUUUUUUCCCUUGCAUUUGCUUAAAGUAGUAUAAGAUUUCUAGGACAAUUUUAUGACUUUAGAUAUUUUAAAUUGUGAAAUCCCUAUUUAUGGAAUAUUUAUCUUGCCAUUUUUUCACUGUAUUAUAUAUUUGUUGAAAAUUAUAUUUGGGCUAUUUUGUUGUCUCUUUUGUUCCCAUAUUGAAAGGUAAUUUAGAAGUUAGAAAAAUAUGUUUUGAUAUUGUAUUGUAUAUACACCUGUUAACAUCAUAUAAUACUGUUAUAGUCAAGUCCCUUAUCCAUUAAGAUCAUUGUUUUCCCAUACUUUUUUCAUUACCAUUCCAUACUUGUUUUUGUUUCCGUUUUUUCGUUUUUUGUUAAUCAUCAAUACCUUUUUUUGUUAUCAGAUUAUUCUUUUCAGGAUUAGUGGCUUGUCCAAUUUUAUAUUCGAACAGAUAAGUUAUAGCAAAAUAGAAAAACAUAGAAUUCAAUGGCAGUCAAAAAUUCUCAUUUGUCUAUAAAAUAUGUUCUUUUAUUAGUGGGAAGAUUCUUUCUGGAUUCAUUUAUUUGGAAAAUUUUAAAACACUAGCUUCAAUAGAAAAAAAUCUUGUCCUCACAUGUAUAGUUUGAUUUAAAAUGGAAAAAGAGGGUAGAUGUGUAUCAAUUUUUCCAACAGUAGCCCAAUUUCGAAGUAAGAAAGCUUAAGUUGGUCAGUGUUAGGGUUUGUAGAUUUUGAUGUACCUCUGCCAUUGCAAUACAUGACAUUUUCCUUUUAAUUUGUGCCUCUCUCUCAUUGUGAAGUGCUUUUUUUUCUGUACAUAUUAUGAGGCACUGUGCUUUGUGUAACUGUAUUGAUUUGAUGUAUAUUUAUUGUUCACUUUUGAAUGAUCAAUUGGACAAUUCCAAAACAUGAAACCAAGAAGCAGAUAGCUUUUCUGUGCUCUGUUUUUAAGCAGAAUGCCCCAUGUCCUUUGAUACUAUGAUGUAUAAAAGGUUUUGAACACUUUCUGCUGCUGUCUUGUCAAUCACAGACAGUUGGUGUGUUCCGAUUUAAGAUUUGUCCAACAAACUACAGUUGGGUAGAACUGUAAAUAUAGUAAUUAGAAGCUAUCUUUAGGGAAAAGCAUUCCUUUGUCAGAUUUCCUACAGUGGGAAUUGUUUCAUCUGUGUGUAUGAUGUUGUGUAUGCCUGUCCUAAACAUUAGUAUAUAUUUGUUGUGGUUCAGUUUGAGUACCCUAUUCUCCCUAUCAAGCAAUCCUGCCCCUAUGAGUGACAGGAAAUAUUUUCCCAUUUUCAGAGGAAAAUGGCACCCUUUUUAGCUCACCUGAGCUGAAAGCUCAAGUGAGCUUUUCUGAUACCUGUUGUCCAUCCAUCUGUAAACUUUUCACAUUUUCAACUUCUUCUCAAGAACCACUCGGCCAAUUUUAACCAAAGCUGGUACAAAGCAUCCUUGGGUGAAGGAGUUUAAUUUCUUGAAGUGAAGGGCCAAGCCACUUGGCACACCUUGGCAGAUUCGUACCUCAUCUAACCUCGGCUGUAUCAUGCAAACCUCCAUUGAACCGGAGCUACUUUAUAAGCAAUAUGGCUGUGCCCUACAUUUACAUGUGCACAGUGUGCUGAAUUCGAUCCGUUAACAAACGUGAUUAUGUAAAGAUACUAAGUGCUUGUUUCUUGGUAAGUGUUAUUCUUAGUGUUACCUAAAUGCUUUUGAAAAUUUUUAACGUAUAUAAGAUAUAUGUUUAUUAUCGUUUUCAAAGCGUUACGUUUUCCUAAGUGGUAAACAGGUAGCCUUAUCACAAAUGUUAAGCGGAGAUGCAUAUCAAGUUUCCUCAUACAGCCGAGGUUUGAUGAAGGUGACGGAAUCAGCCGAGGUUUGCCUAAUGGGGCCAAGCUUCCUUCUAAAGGGAGAUAAUCAUGAAAAAACAAAAUAGGGUGGGGUCAUUAUAAAAUCUUCUGAAGAAGAACUACUGGGCCAGUAAAGCUGAAAGUCAUGUAGAGGCAUCCUUGGGUAGUGUAGAUUCUGAAUUGUUCAAAUCAUAACCCCAGGGGUAGGGCGGGCCACAAUAGGGAAUCGAAGAUUUACAUUGAAAUAUAUAGGAAAAAUCUUUAAAAAUCUCGACGGGAACCACUGGGCCAGUUUUAAUCAAAUUUGGUACAAUGCAUCCUUGGGUGAAAGGGAGUUUAAAUUAUCGAAAUGUAGUGCUAAACCCCCUUACAAGAGGAGAUAAUCAAGAAAAAAACAAAAAUAGGGUGGGGUCAUUAAAAAACCUCAAGAACCACUAGGCCAGAAAAGCUGAAACUCAUAUGGAACCAUCCUUGGGUAGUGUAGAUUGUAAAUUGCAGGGCCAAAGUUAUUCUGGUGAGCAUUGUGGCCCAUGGGCCUCUUGUAUUUACCUUAUCAAAGCUUUCAAAUCAGCAAGUCCCACCUUCAAACUUGAUAGAACAUUGAAAUGCCAUAUGAAAUGACCAUCAGGCAGAUUGACAGAGUUGACUGCCUCAUUUUGCAAUUUAUCAAGUGCCCAGGGUGUUUAAUAUGGAGAAUACAGUAUUCAAACAAUUUGUAUCCAUUAAUGAACAUUUCACUUUCUUAUGCAGCAAUUUGACCUUGGUGAUAAUAAGUGCAUACUUGCAGAGCUUACAACUUGAUAUCAAAAAAUGAGUUUGCAGAUUUGCAUUAAUAUAGCACACAAUUGUUUGAUAUGGAAUUGUCAUUCUUGAGCUUGGUUAUCACACAUUAUUCAUACAUUUUUCCUGCGAGGUGUGAAACAAGUUUUUUUGGAUGAUUAUAUGUGCAGUUUAAUAUAGAUACAUCUGCAUAAAGGCAUUUUGCAGUUGUGAACUGUAGCUCACAAGGUCAUGUCCCAUGUGUAAAUUAUGUCUUUGCUAUUGAAAAUCAUAUGUGGAACAGAUAGUCGUUUUGUGUUUUCAGAGACUUGGCGUUACAAUGUAUUGUUUGUAACUUUGAGUGUAUAUUUUCCACAGGAAGUAAAUGUUCAUGUGAAAUUUUCUUCGGACAAAUUUUAUGGCAUUGUAUGUAUUUUUGGUAAUUUUUCAGAAAGAUUUCUUAAUACAUAUACUAUAUACUUUGAGUGGUAAAUUUAUAAGGGAGUAUUUUUUUUUGUGGUCUCUAGAUAUAUUAAGGAAGAAUUUGGAAGUAUGCAAUCCCUAAUGUUUGAAGAAUUGCUAGAGAUGUUCCAUGACUGUCAUGAAUGCUGUUUGAAUGCUGAAAUAAAAUAUGUAAAUUUUAA